AUGCGCCUAGUAUCUGCAGCAGUAGCGGGUAUAUUGCUUGCACAACCCUUACAGGCCUUCUAUCUACCAGGCGCUGCGCCGCGUGACUAUGCCGAGGGUGACCAGGUCGACCUCUUCGUCAAUGCAUUGACCCCAAUGCUCUCUGGUUCAAGUGAUGCAAAGCUGAAAUCUCUCAUCAACUACGACUACUAUCAUCCGAAGCUACGCUUCUGUGAACCCAAGGAUGGUCCCAAGAAACAGCCAGAGUCAUUAGGGUCUAUAUUGUUUGGAGACAGAAUCUUCAAUUCACCGUACGACGUACGUGUUCAGCUACUCGUCCCUCCGGCGUCUAUUCACCGGAUAUUGCAGAUCAAAAUGCUUAAAGAUAAUGGAACGUGUAAAGCUCUUUGCACAGUCCCUGAUGUCACUUCUGAAGAGGCCAAGUUUAUCAACGACCGCAUUCGUGAAGAUUAUGCUCUCAAUUGGCUAGUAGAUGGACUACCUGCGGCAGAAAUGAAGCAAGAUGUGCGGACGGGAGACGUGUUCUACGACAUUGGUUUCAACCUCGGAGACAAUGAAGGCGUCAACCAGAACCUUCCUGUGCUAAAUAAUCACUAUGAAAUCAUGCUCAACUACCACAAGCCGACCGAGAGUACCUACCGCGUCGUCGGUGUUCUCGUAUGGCCAGGAAGUAUCGGUGGGCCUCAGGACGGUGCUCCUCGAUGCGAUGUUUCUGAGACGCAGCCACUCAAGCUUAAUGAAGAUGGUACUCAAGCGGUCCGAUAUACAUAUCGGGUAACGUGGAUGGAAUCCGACACUCCAUGGGCAACACGUUGGGACAACUACCUCCACAUCUUCGACCCCCGAAUCCACUGGUUCAGUCUGAUCAACUCUCUCGUUAUCGUCGUCUUCCUGUGUGUUAUGGUGUCCAUGAUCCUUGUCCGAAGUGUUUCACGAGAUGUUGCUCGAUAUAACAAUGUCGAUCUUAAUGAGGACGUGCAGGAAGACUGGGGAUGGAAACUCGUCCAUGGAGAAGUAUUCCGAACACCACGCUUCCCCAUGCUCCUGUCCAUCAUGUCUGGGAAUGGAGCCCAGCUUUCCGCCAUGGUUGGCGUAACCCUAGUUUUUGCCCUGCUAGGCUUCCUGUCACCGUCCAACAGAGGCUCUCUUGCGACAGUGAUGAUUGUCGUCUGGUCCCUUUUCGGAGGAAUUGGUGGCUACAUCUCUUCCCGGGUCUAUGCCUCACUGGGAGGCUCUAAUCGCAGGAAGAACGCCUUCCUUACAGCCACGAUGUUACCCACUACAAUCUUUGCAAUUGUUUUCUUCCUCAACUUCUUCCUCAUCACCGCCGGCUCCUCAGGAGCUGUACCUUUUGGCACCAUGCUGACCAUCAUCCUUCUUUGGUUCGGCAUCUCUGCACCUCUGUCGGCUGUUGGAAGCUAUUAUGGUUCCAAGCACGGGGGCAUUCGUCAUCCCGUCCGAGUUAACCAAAUCCCUCGACAAAUCCCCCCUGUGCCAUUCUAUCUUCGACCAUGGGUUGCCGCUAUCCUCAGUGGGAUUCUUCCUUUUGGUGCUGCAUUCGUCGAACUCUACUUCGUCUUGUCGAGUCUAUUCGCAUCAAGAGCGUACUACGCGUUUGGUUUCCUUGCGCUGACAGCAGGCGUCGUCUCCUUAACCGCUGCCACCGUGUCCAUUCUCUUCACCUACUUCGUGCUCUGCGCUGAAGAAUACCGGUGGCACUGGCGAUCCUUCUUCGUCGGCGGAGGUAGUGCCUUCUGGGUAAUUGCUUAUGGUCUGUUCUACUGGGCCACCCGCCUCUCCUUGGAGUCGAUGACGAGUAGGAUCCUCUACCUCGGAUAUCUCUUCCUCAUCGCCCUUGCAGUCUUCUUGACAACUGGGACCAUCGGGUUCGCCGCUUCCUACUGGGCUGUCCGUCGGUUAUACACGGCAAUCCGGAUAGACUAACCCUUUCGCCACGCGAAGUCCUCACGCACCAUCCAUUCGUUCGUACUUCACGCCAACACGCGUCUGCGUGUGUUGGCUCACACAUUCCUUUCGUCGAUUCCAAUUUUCGGAUUUAAUCAAAAAGCAGAGCUGGAUCUAGGCAAGCGAUUACAGCCCAUUUGCAGGACUCGCAAGAGGUGUGGCGACAAAUCUCUAUCGGUAUAUUAGUCUAUAUAAUCGCGGACAAUUAAUUUAUCAUGAAUAGUACUGGCGGCUAGGGCGGCUGGUGUGAAGAGGUCAUUAUGCGCUAAGGGCUAGGAUAGACGUAGAGUGGGGGAUUAGUAGAGCCUGAUGAGUUCAUCCAACCUCUCGGAGAAGUAGUUCUAGGCUCUGUUUAUAGCACAUG